CUACGAUUAGUGGUAGUUCAAGGCCACCAUCCUAGCUUACUCGGCCUCGACUGGUUUCGACCUCUCGGCAUUCUAAUCGCAGGCGUGCAGCAGCUGUAUCGUGAGGAGGUGGCAUCAGUAGACAGAGAGUUCCCAGCAGUCUUCGAUGGGGCUCUUGGCAAUUACACAGGGCCGCCUGUCUCAUUUGAUCUAAACCCAGCCGUGGCCCCCAUCUGCCUGAAGCCUCGCAGGGUUCCAUUUGCACUCAAGCCAAAGAUAGAUGAGGAGCUGGAUUGGCUGAUUGAACAGGGAAUCCUGGAACCAGUUUCUCACACCAAAUGGGAAACUCCCAUAGUAACACCACUAAAACCCAAUGGAGAGGUCAGAAUUUGUGCAGACUAUAAAUGCACAAUCAACAAAGCCCUGCAGCAACAAGCCUACCCAGUACUGGUCGUGAGCCAUCUCCUGGCGGCGACGGCCGAAGCCCAAACUAUCGUGACACACUGGGGGGCUUUCAAGGUUAAAAGGCUACAAUUCGGUGUCAACGUCGCCCCAGGAAUUUUCAAAGGCAUCAUGGAAGGACUUCUACGCAGGAUUCCAGGCAUUAUUCCAUACUUUGAUGAUGUCCUAAUUGCGGGAGAGUCAGAAGGCGCACUAGCAGAGAGGCUUCGCUGUUUCCUCAUCGCAACCGACCACAAACCGCUCCUAGGAUUACUUGCUCCAGACAAGCAAACACCCCAAAUCCUUUCGCCCAGAAUGCUGCGAUGGACAGUGUUCAUGUCUGCCUACUCCUACGAAUUACAGCACCGCCCAGGCAAAGCAAUGGGACAUGCCAACGCCCUGAGCAGCCUGCCACUGGCUGACCAGGGGAUCGACCCAUCUCCAGCUCAUCACAUCAUGCUGCUGGAAGACUUGCCGAGUCCACUGCUCAGAGCCUCCGAUGUGGCGUCACAUGCUGCUAAAGAUCGCACCCUCAGCCGCGUUCUCAACUGGGUGUGGAGGGGGUGGCCAUCAGGCCAGCUGGCCAAGCAGUUUCGGCCGUUCUUCAUUAGACAGCACGAACUCUCAGUACACAAGGGCUGUCUGCUAUGGGGAAAUAGAGUUGUAAUCCCCAGCAAACUGAGACAACAAGUGCUGGAGGCACUACACAGCGGACAUCCGGGCAUAGUGCGCAUGAAGGCAAUGGCGCGCAGCUAUGUCUGGUGGCCAGGCAUGGAUAGGACUAUCGAGGAAUUGGUCCGCACCUGUCAGCCGUGCCAGGAAACACGCCCAGCUCCAGCACAAGCCCCAGUACAUCCUUGGGAGUCAGCAAGAGCACCCUGGUCGAGACUCCACAUUGAUUUUGCAGGGCCAUUUCAGGGACAAACCUUUCUAAUAGUUGUGGACUCUUAUUCAAAGUGGCUAGAAGUUGUCCCUGUCUCCACAAUGACUACUGCUGUGGUCAUUAGGGCCCUACGUCAGCUGUUUGCAAUGCACGGUUUGGCUGACAAGGUAGUAUCGGAUAAUGGAACACAAUUCACAUCAGCUGAGUUCCAGCAGUUCCUGGCCAACAACGGCAUCAGGCAAGUCACGUCUGCUCCGUUCCACCCUUCCACCAAUGGGCAUGCAGAACGGAUGGUGCGGACAACAACGGAAUCAGCAAAGGAGACUGGCAGUCGCGAUUGGCUGCGUUCCUGUUGCAGCAACACGUCACACCUCAUUCCAUGA